CAAUUCUCACGUUUGUACAAAGUGAUCAGUGCUUCGCUCUGUACUAACUAUCUUUUGAGUAAAAAUUAUGAACACGUUUAAAGUGACGAUAAUUCGGACUUAUUACAAUUUCGUUGCAUUGUUAUACAUCUUUUAAAAUUAUCAUUCGUAACGUUUAUUAUUGAUUUGGUUAUUAGAAAAAAGGAUAAUAAAAAAACAAACAAACAAACAAACAAAGAAACAACAACAACAACAACAAAAGAAAGAAACAAUGUCAACUCGUGAUCCUGACAAUCUGAUGACCAUGAACGAUGAAAAUUUCGAUUAUUUGUUCAAAAUCGUUCUUAUCGGUGAUUGUGGAACAGGUAAAACAUGUAUCGUUCAAAGGUUUAGAUCUGGUACUUUCAUCGAGAGACAUGGGACCACUAUUGGUGUUGACUUCUCGAUAAAAACUGUCUUGAUAGAUGGUAAAAAAGUGAAGUUACAAGUAUGGGACACAGCAGGACAUGAGAGAUUCCGUACAAUUACUCAAAGUUAUUAUAGAUCUGCGGAUGGGGUAAUUAUAGUUUACGAUGUUACCAAACGAUCUACGUUUCUAAGUUUACAACGCUGGGUGGAAGAAGUAAGAAAGUACACAUCUUCUCAUGUGUUACUCUUUUUAAUUGGUAAUAAAUGUGAUUUAGAAGAUCUGCGCGAAGUUGAAAAAAGUGAAGCAGAUGGAUUAUGCAAAUAUCUUCCAGAAGUUUUACAAGUAAUAGAAACAUCAGCCAAAGAAAAUACUAAUAUAGAUACAAUUUUUUUUUGUUUGGCAUCUGAACUCAAGAGGCGAUAUGAUAAUCGCCAAAUAAGUGAUAAUGAGGAUACUAUAAAACUUGGAGUAGGAAAAGAAUUAUCUUCUUGCAUGGGUUGCUCAUAUAAAAUAUUUUAAAAUAUUCAUUCUAAUAAUAGAUUGACUGAGAUAUUUAAUAUUUCUAACAUGCAACGAGAACAAAAUUAAGAUAAUUAUGCUACAUAGUAACGUUCAAUUAUAAAAAACAUAAUUCUGACAAGCAAAUGCUUAAGCGGAUCUUAUACUUAUUAUUUAUCUUACUUAAAAUAUAAAGAGAUCAUGAAAUUUCAAAUUUUAAUAAUACCUUGAUAAAGUAAUAAUUAAUAUGUAAAUAUAAUUUUUUUUAUAUCUAUACUUAUUAAACAUCCAACAAAUGUUAUACUUAAUACUGUAGUGACCUGAACAAGUCUUGUAUAUUAUUCAGUGCCUUAUUGAUAUUGUAUAUAUACAUACAAAGUAUUUAUAUAUUACACAUAAAAACUUGUGUUCAAUACGAGAAUAACUAUGAAGAAAUAAGAAAAACAAGAAAGUAUUAAGUAUCUUGCAAAAUAUAAUAUUCCUUAAAAGGUAGUAGUAGAGUGAUUAUAAACCAAAUUAUUUACACAAGAUUAUAAAUAUUUUUGAUAGUCUUUUACCUCAGGUUUUAAAAAUGAAUCGACCAAAAUUUAUAUAUUUACUCAUUAUUAUGCUAGUUCAAAGAGUGCUCGUGUAUAUAUAUACGUAAACAGCUACAUUAGUUUAAAUUUGAAUUGGUUUAAAUUUGAAUUGUAGAUUUAAAAAAGAACGAUCAUGAUAUCAUAUAUAUAUAUAUAUGAAAGUUUUUUAUAUCCAUUUCUUUUUAAAACUUAUAAAAUUUAGUAAUGCCUUUUUUGGCCACAGAUCUGUUCAUAUAGAAAACAAGAAUCUUUAUUGAUCAUGAAGUAGCGCACAAUAAUAUAUGCUAUUUUAUUAUACUUAUUUUUAUUAUAUUGUGUUGAUAUAUAUUUUGUUGUUUUUGUGUAAUUUGAAGUAGAAAUGAAAUUGUUGUUACGUAAAGUAUAAAACCUAUAAUAUAAUAAUGAUAUAAUUUUGACUCUUA